ACCGCCUCCUCUCCAGCCAUAAACUGCUGCAAGAGACAGCCGGUUGAGCCCCCCGUCCUCCUAAGCAGAUGUAGUGCGUAGAACGUGUUGUGUGGAGCCACAUGAUACAGGGUGCCGGUGACCAUCACCGACUUUUCAACCAGAAAUUUAAGGCUCAGUCAGAAGAUCUCUAUCGUUGCAAUAUAUCAUAGAGUUAUAGCAGUCUCAAGACAAUCAACUGCCUGCUAGUUAUCUGACAUUAGAGCUUCAUUGCUUAUUAAAACCGUAUUUUUCGUGUCAAUAUUCUACGCGGCUGCAAGAUGCAUCUUCAACCCCGCAAGGUCCUUGAGUUACCUUUGGUCCUAUUCACCAUUGUGUGGCUAGCUAUCUCCGCAGAAUCCGGCUCCUCUUCCGGAGUCAGUAACACCGCAGGAUCAGUAAGUGUAAAUUCACUCAUCUGCUCUCUGUACCCGUGCUACCGUGGCUUUCCCGUGCAGACACCCGUGUUUGCCCCGUACCCACAACAUACACAUGGUUCACAUCAUUUGAAACCGGAUUUAACUAUCACUCAUCAUGUAAACUUCGUAAUAAACCAGGGUAACAAGCAUGUCGGCACCAUCGUAUUAGGUCUCUACGGACGUGUAGCACCUAGAACGGUACGCAAUUUCGUCGAAAUAGCUUCAGGUCGGCAACCUAAGAAAUACGAAGGAACAGCCUUCCACAGGGUUAUUCAAAAGUUCAUGUUACAAGGGGGAGACGUCGACCACAAAAAUGGACUGGGCUCAUGGUCUAUUUACGGGCCCCAAUUUGAAGACGAGAAUUUCAUUCUUAAGCACACCGAGCCUUACGUCCUUUCAAUGGCGAACGCAGGCAAGGACACAAAUGGGUCUCAGUUUUUCAUCACCACAGCACCUACGCCGUGGCUCGAUGGAAAGCACGUCGUAUUUGGCAAGGUCCUUGAGGGCACUGCGAUCGUAAAACAGAUCGAGCAGACGAAGACAGAUCACAACGACGCUCCUGUCGUUCCCGUAUACAUCGUAAGCUCAACGGUUCAAGAACUCCUACCACUUUCCUCGUAAUCUGGCCUAUGUACUGUUUCACGCCCUAUGCUCCAAGCAUAGUAUCUGGAUUUUCCAAGAAUCCACGAAAUGCUUUGAGAAAGUCACCUGCGUCACU